AUGUCCUCUUCGCCUACUCUGGCUCAGACGACGCCAAUCGACAUUCCUCAGAAACUCACCGGCCGAAAACGACUCCUCAACAAACUUCAACGGAUCUCGUCGUCACCGUCCCUUGCCAAGUUGGGCCGCUCCUCCACCACCAGCUAUCGUCCCGGUGGUCGAGGCUCCAUGUCAUGCGUAUCGCUCUCAUCUGCGGGCUCUCCCUAUGAAUAUAGUUAUGGAAGUCCGACCUCGCCGAUAAGCGCAGGGUAUUCGACAGCACCAACAUCGGCCGAUAGCUCACCGGGAGGUGAUGACUACCUCAAUUGCAAGAAUCGACUCGUCUCCGGCGCACUGGAUGGCCCCGCAUCUGUUGCUGUCCCAGUUGAACUUCGCGUACCCGCCUCUGGACGCAUAUCUCCCAUUGCAACGGAACAGAUCCCGGAAACGGAUGAAGACAACAUCAGUGUGCCGCUCGACCAACCCAUCGCUGACGUCAAACCGAUCCCGGAGUCCUGGAGAAGACCAAACUUCAACUUCUGGUUAGAUCUGCCCCCUGAGCUACGAACCCACAUCCUCUCCUUCCUCGAGCCCAAGGAGCUGGUUCGAGUGUCAUCGGUCUCGCCACUCUUCCAAGAGUUAUGCCUAGAUGGUCAGCUAUGGGGUUCUUUGGACUGUUCGUCCUAUUACCGCGACAUCCCUGCGUCCGCCCUCUGUAAAAUCAUCGGAACGGCUGGUCCUUUCGUGCGUAACUUGAACCUUCGUGGAUGCGUCCAACUCCGCGAUGCGUGGAUUCUGGAAGAUCUCCCUUCGAAAUGCUGCAAUCUGGAGCAAUUCUCACUGGAAGGAUGUCGGAUCGAUCGAAGCAGUAUCCACAACUUUCUGUUAUCGAACUCGCGACUGGUAACCCUCAAUCUGUCGGGGCUGGCAGGGGCGACAAAUUUCGCCAUGAAGAUCGUUGCCGCCCAUUGCCCGAAGUUAGAGGCGUUGAAUGUGAGCUGGUGCAACAACAUCGACACUAGAGGACUGAGGCGGGUGGUACAGGCGUGUAGUCAACUCAAGGACCUUCGUGCCGGUGAAGUGCGUGGAUUUGACGAUGUCGAAUUCAUGGACGACCUAUUCCGCCGCAACACGCUCGAGCGUCUCGUGCUCAUGAACUGCGACAGCCUGACAGACGACGCUUUGAAGGCCCUCAUGGAAGGAAUUGAACCCGAAAUCGACUGCCUAACCGGUCGAGCCAUUGUCCCUCCGCGCAACUUGAAGCAUUUGGACCUGACCAGAUGUAGAGGCAUCACCAAUGACGGCAUCAGUUCCCUCGCUCACCAUGUCCCGUACUUGGAAGGUCUCCAGUUGAGCCGCAACGCAACCUUGACCGACGCUGCUAUCAAGGAUCUGCUGCUCUCCAUCCAGUCCCUCACCCAUCUCGACCUCGAGGAGCUCGAUCAGCUCACCAACGACACCCUCAAGACCAUGUCCCGCAGCCCGUUCGCCCGCCACCUCACCCACCUCAGCAUCAGCUACUGCGAACACCUCGGCGACGCCGGCAUGCUCUCGCUCCUCAAAGUCGCCACCAACCUCGAGAGCCUCGACGUCGACAACACCCGCGUGAGCGACCUCGUACUGAUCGAAGCCGCCUCGCUCAUCCGCGACCGCAACCGCGACCGCCUGUCCCGCGCGCAGACCGUCGCGCCCAAGGUGGGGCUCCGCAUCGUCGCAUUCGACUGCGCCAACGUGACCUGGACGGGCGUCCGCGAGGUCCUCAACCGCAAUGCCGAAGCCCUCCAAAUGGGCCUCACGGCCGCCACGACCCUCUCAAACUGCACCUACAGCACUCCCUCACUUACAUCCCCCGAAUCGCCAUCCGCACCCAACCCCGACAUCCUCUCCCUCAAAGUCUUCUAUACCUACCAACCCACCGUGACCGAGCACACCCGGCGCAUCCUCGCCUCCAACCUCGACGGCGCGCGCCGCCUGGAGCGCAAGUGGGCGGACUGGAUGAUGAUGAACGAAGAGGCGGGGACGGGGGGCGGGCGACGGCGGCGGCGGCGCGCACGGGAGGCGAUGCGGGGGUGGGAGGAGGAGGAGGGGGGUAUGGGCGCGGGGUUGGAUGGGGAGGGAGGGGUGGUGGGGAAUGGGGUGGGGAGGAGAAGGAGGGCGAGGAGUGGGCCGGGGUGUGUGGUGAUGUGA